UUUCGUUCAGUCUAUUGCGUGAUUGAAGCUGGAAUAGAAGGGGUAUCGUGAAUCCAACGUUCACGUUAGUUACAAAACGGUUAUUGAGCACCUGGUGAUCCGGUUAUACAUCGUUUCACGAGGAUAAACAUCGAAUUUACGGUCUAAGAUCGACGAAUUUAUUCAGUGUCGUAAAGAAAACGUCGAACCAGUCUAUCAACCAUGGCUGCUAUGUCCGUAAUCGGAAUCGACUUCGGCAACGAGAGCUGUUAUGUAGCCGUAGCACGCGCGGGAGGCAUUGAAACUAUAGCUAAUGAUUACAGUCUUCGGAGCACACCAUCAUGCGUAGCAUUCAGUGGAAAAAAUCGAAUUCUUGGUGUAGCAGCCAAGAAUCAAAUGGUAACUAAUAUGAAAAAUACUAUUCAUGGGUUCAAAAGAUUAUUGGGUAGAAAGUACAAUGAUCCACAAGUACAGCGAGAGCUUCAGAUGUUACCAUUUAAGGUAACUCAGCAGGCAGAUGGUGGAGGUAUUGGUAUACAUGUACAAUAUUUGGGAGAAGAACAGAUUUUUACACCUGAACAAAUAACUGCAAUGUUAUUUACAAAAUUGAAAGAUAUAUCCGAAGCUGCUCUUCAGACUGUUGUUAAUGAUUGUGUUAUUUCUGUUCCUUCUUAUUACACACAAGCUGAACGUCAGGCACUAUUAGAUGCUGCAAGAAUUGCAGAUUUAAAUGUUCUUAGAUUAUUUAAUGAAACAACAGCUACUGCUUUAUGCUAUGGCAUUUACAAACAAGAUUUGCCAGGGGCUGAUGCACCUCCAAGAAAUGUAGUCUUUGUCGAUUGUGGAUAUGCUAGCUUACAAGUAAGCAUUUGUACUUUUCACAAAGGCAAACUAAAGAUGUUAGCAAGUGCAGCUGACAGUCAAUUAGGUGGUAGAGAUAUAGAUUCUAUUUUAGCAGAACACUUCUGUAAGGAGUUUCGUUCACGUUACAAUAUUGAUGUACACACUAAUCCACGUGCAUACUUAAGGUUAUUAGCAGAGGUAGAAAAGCUGAAGAAACAAAUGUCAGCCAAUUCAACAACGCUUCCUCUUAAUAUCGAAUGUUUCAUGGAUGACAAAGAUGUGCAUGGCGAUAUGAAACGUGCAGAUAUGGAAGCAAUGUGCGUACAUUUAUUUAAACGCGUAGAAUCAACAUUACGGCAGUGUCUUGAAGAUUCUAAAUUGAAAUUAGAUGACAUUCAUUCGAUUGAAUUAGCGGGAGGUUCUACUCGCAUUCCCGCUAUUAAACGACUAGUGGAAGAUGUCUUUGCCCGUACUGGAUCUACAACACUGAAUCAAGAUGAAGCUGUUGCUCGUGGGUGCGCACUUCAGUGCGCAAUGUUGAGCCCUGCAGUAAGAGUCCGUGAUUUUGCAGUGACUGAUAUUCAACCCUAUCCAUUGAAAUUAACAUGGCAUGCUACCCAAGGCGAAGAAGGUGAAAUGGAAAUCUUUGGACACAAUCAUCCUGUACCAUUCUCAAAGAUGUUAACAUUUUAUCGAUCGAGCCCAUUUACGCUCACUGCCAGUUACAGUACACCGCCACCAUCGUAUCCUCAAACUCACAUUGGUGUAUUUUUAAUAAAGAAUGUAAAACCAACACCAGAAGGCGACUCUUCGAAAAUAAAAGUAAAAGUAAGGGUGAAUUUGAAUGGAAUUCUCACUAUUGCUUCGGCAUCACUCGUCGAAAAACGUGAACUUACACAACAAGAAAAAGAAGAAGAAGACAAACAGCAGCAACAACACCAGCAGAAUAACAUGGAUGUUGAUCAUCAAGAUAAAAAAGACAAGCCUGAUCAAGAAGCACAAGCUAAUGAACCACCAGCACCUGAGGUGAGCAUGGAUAAAACACGACGGAACUCAGAUGCUGAUGAUGGUGGAAGAGGUGCGAGGGGUUGUGCCCCUUCCUACUCCUCCAGGAUUCUCUCUUGGUUCAGCUCGGAAGAUGACAAGGGUGAGGAAGGUAAAGGUAAAAAGAAAAUUCCCGUUCGUACUAUUGAAUUACCAGUUGAAUCAUAUGGAUGUGGACUCUCCCAACGCGACUUGAAUGCCGCGUUAGAGAAAGAGUGCAAAAUGAUUGCUGAAGAUAGACAAGAAAAAGAACGUGUUGAUGCUCGCAACGCAUUAGAAGAGUAUGUUUAUGAUUUACGUGCUAAAUUAUCAGAAGAAGAUCAAUUAGCUACAUUUAUUACGGAAGCAGACAAAGAAGCACUUUGUCGUAUAUUAGAUGAAACUGAAAAUUGGUUAUAUGAAGAAGGAGAAGAUUGUCAGCGACAAGUUUAUUCAGAACGAUUAACCCGCCUUCAAUCACAAGGUGAACCAAUAAAAGAAAGACGAAUGGAAUUCGAAGGCAGGAAUCACGUUAUGGAUGAGUUAAAGGGAUCGUUAAUGGGAGUUAAUAUGGUAGUAGAAGGUAUUAAAGCAUCCAAUGGAAAGGAUGAUAAAUAUUCCCACUUAACAGAGGAAGACGUAAAGAAGGUUGAAAAAGCUGUACAAGAUAAGUGGCAGUGGCUUGAAGAAAAAAGAUCACUUCUUGGAAGUACACCUCGUACGCAGCAACCACCAGUUACUGUAGCUCAAAUACGUGCUGAGAAACAGGCAUUUGAUAAUAUUGUAUUACCAAUUCUAAAUAAACCAAAACCUAAAGUCGAAGCUUCAAAAGAAGAGAAACCAGUAGAUAAUAAAACUGCUGAUGAUCAGAAGACCAAACAGAAUAGUCAAGGUAAUGGCCACCCUCAGGCCAAUCAACAGCAACCUCAAGAAAAAAUGGACGUUGAGUAACAGUCAUCCCAUUUUUUAUGUUUUAAUACUGCGAAAUCUACCUUGAUUAAAAUAAUGAAAAUUAUUUCAUCAUAUAAGUCAUCUUUAUCAUGUCACAAAAGCACCUGAAACGUUUUCGUUAGCACAUGCGAAUUGUUUGUUUCUUUUCUCUUCCUUUUACUGUUAUUGAUGUGAUAAGUUGACAUAUUUAAGAACAAAGCGUCAUUAAUUUAAAUAUAUUGAAAAUUGAAGAAUUUUUUGUAGACUACAAUAAGCGGAGUAUGUAUGUGUUCACUUUACAUUCAAUUAAUUUGACAAACAUUAUUUCAUUUAAAUAAAUAGUAAUAUUUAAAAAAAUGAAUCCGUAAUUAAGAAUACAAGCUAAAAUUUCUCUAUAAAGUAUUAUCAUUUCUUGAUGGUUUAGAAUAAAGGAAUAAAUAAUUUCUUUUUCAUAACUUGAACAUUUUUCAUUUCGUUUUUUAUGAACAAUGAACCAUUAAAUCUGUACGGUAUUUGAUUAAGUACCAUAUUAAAUAGCAUUUAUAACGAAAUGUAUAGUUCUGUUUUUUGGGAAAUAUAUAUACUUGCAUCAUUUCGUUAAUAUUUAAUCAAAAAAAUUCUUCAACUUUUAAUACAUUUUCGAGAAAAUGUAAAACAAAAUUUUGAUCAGUGGAGCUCUUUGAAGAGAUUUCUGAUUUCAUUGCCAGUAGAAAGAUUUAAUACUUUGCGCUCUAUAAUAUUUAGGGCAAAUGUUAAGUUAGAACUAAUGACUAAAUUAAAAUGUGAAGUAGUUAAUAUCGCUGGCGAUCUUAUGUAUUUAAUAAUGCAAUAAGCAUUCAUUCCAACAUUUUCCCAGGCCGACAGCAAAAUAUUCUGUCACAAACUUUUGUUGCAUUUACAAUACUUAAAUAAAUUAAUAAUUUCAUUAAAGAAAUUUAUUAAGCUUGUUCCAGGAUUUGCUUUACAGUACCAACAGUGGCGUCUGUAACGGGACUACAAAUUUGAAUUAUUAUAUAUACAUUUUAUAAUAUUGUCAAAUUUCGAUGACAUAAAAUUUCUAAAAACAAAAUUAUAGUUAGAUAUAUAUCGUUGUACAUAAUACGUAGCCUUUCAUAAAGGUAAUGUUUCCCUGUUUUAAUUAUAUCUCAUGUCAUACAAUAGACAUCAUUUAAAGUGCAUCAGCGUUCUAAGAAAAGUUUUUUUAAGUUCUUAUAAUUCUUUAAGGUACUGUUUCUUAUCAGCAUUAAAUGAAUGGUAUUGUUACCUUGUAUAUUAAUCGCAAUUCAUCUGUUACAUUUAUUCUACAAACAAAAAAAGAAGGAAAAUUAAAUACAUCCCCCAAUUAGUGUCAUUAGAGUUGGGUUUGGUAUUAAUUGCAUUUUAAAUAGUUUUUCACAUUACUUUCCGUCGAUUCAAAAUUAUUCUCAAAGCUUCGUUAAGGAAGUACAAAAAUCAUCAGCCUAAAGUUAUAAAUAUAAAUUCGCCCCUAAUCAUUGUAGUACUGUGAUCACAAAGUGCACUAUAUUGAUUUAUCUAGCUGGUAUUAUAUAUUGAGAGUCACUGUAGAACCUAUCGCAAAAUUCUUUGAAUAUAAAAUAAAAUACGCGAUGAGAUUCUAUUCUACAUAGAUGUAUGUAUGUUACAAAGUUUGUGCUGUACAAUAUGUAAGUUUUGCGUGGGAAUGUUUUUGCUUCUUUAUUUAGCAAUUAUAUUGCAUUAACAGUACAGGUUUUUGCGUCAACUACAUAUUUCACAGUAUUCAAUAAAAAAGAAAUAUUACCUAACAUUGACAAAGAAGUAUGUGAAUAGGAAAAUGUAAUGCAAAAUAAUGUAACAUCCUUCUUUCGAUAAGUGUACGCGAAUAAAUGUGUUAUCAAGAA